AUGAGGUUAUUACACCGACUCUCGGAGCUGUCAGUUCUGGCCAGCUUGGUUCUGGCCCACGAAGGUCAUAAUUAUGACCACCAUCACCACCCUGAUCACAGUCAUGAUCACGAAGAUUUGGGGGCAGUCAAGAUCUGCGGGGACGGUGGCUCUCUCACCGGUGGAUGUCAAGAUGGCCUAGGAAGCAUGGGUGCGGCCGACGAGAAGGAGUUCCUCUGGAAGGAAAACGACACCGCCCAAAAGCCUGUUACCUCAACAGACGAUGAUAGCAAGCCAAAAGGAUAUCCCUGGACCCAUACCACACCAUGCUUCACCAGCCCCCAACCCGAUACCUCCAUCUGCGUCUUCACAGACAACAACUUUGCCAACGGCAGGGGAGCCUCCUUCAUCACCACCCCCCACCGCGCUGAGUAUCUAGCCACCACCCCAGCCUUUGUCGACCAGGACCUCGUGAAGAAUAUCAACCAAGACCUCCACCGCACCGCUCCUUCCAAAUACGAGAAGCACCAGAUCCCCGGCAAGGGCAUGGGCCUCAUCGCCAAAGUGCACAUCCACCGCGGAGACCUCAUCAUGGCCAACACACCCUCCCUGAUGAUCGACUACCGCGCCUUUGAGGACCUCCCCAAGGAAGAAUACCGCCAACUUCAAGCCGCAGCCGUGGACCAGCUCCCCGACCUCCACCGCGAGCACAUCAUGGCCCUCUCCACCCACGACGGCAUCGAGCGCACCCACAUCGAACGGAUAGACAAAAUCUGCUCCACCAACGCCUUCGACAUCGACCCCGACAGCGACGACGAGACCCAGGACCACGGAUUCUAUGUCGUCUUCCCCGAGAUCGCAAGGAUGAACCACGACUGCCGCCCCAACGCGGAUUACUACUUUGAUCACGAGACGCUAACCCAGUACAUCCACGCCAUCCGUGACAUUAGCCCCGGGGAGGAGCUCACCCUCUCGUACAUCAACCCCAUUAUGAAGAAGCGCGCGCGCAACAAGAAGCUGAACCGGAUUUGGGGGUUCCAGUGUGCUUGCCCGUUGUGCACAAAGGAACAGGCGCAGGUCGAGGCGUCGGAUGUUAGGAUCCACCAGAUCAAGGAGCUGGUUGGGGAGUUUAGCGAUUGGAGCUCGGAUAGCAGGGCGACGCCGCAGUUGGCGGAGCUGGUGUUGAGUCUGUAUGAGCAGGAGAAGCUUUGGGGGAGCAUGUAUGAGGCGUAUACUUGGUUGGCGCUCGAGUAUAACGCUGUUGGGGAGCCGUGGACCGCGGUGAAGUGGGCGAAUAGGGCGGUCGAGUGGGGGAUUCCGGUCGUAGGACCCAAAGAUGGGGAUAUGGAGCAGAUGAGGAGGCUGAUCAAGGACCCGUGGGCGCAUUGGAGUUGGUUGAAGAGGGUCAAGGUUAGAGGGGGGUGGGGGAAGGGGAGUGAGAGGGAGGGGGAUGGGGAUGAUGAGGAGGAGUAG